CUGCUGGGACCGUGGCUCCAGCUGGCCGCAGCCGUGCUUGGGGUGCUUCGGGUGGGCAGCCCGGCUGGCUCCCUUCUGCCGCCCGGCCACAGCGACCGCGCCGGCACUGGGCCCCCCUUCUCACCCCGCCUCGCCCGCCGCCCCCAAGAUGCUGUUUUGGCACACGCAGCCGGAACACUACAACCAGCACUCGACCGGCAGCUACCUGCGAGAUGUCCUUGCACUGCCGAUCUUCAAGCAGGAAGAACCUCAGCUGUCUCCUGAGAAUGAUGCCAAAUUGCCACCCUUUCAGUAUGUCCUCUGCACAGCCACAUCACCUGCUGUGAAACUGCAUGAAGAAACCCUGACCUAUCUCAACCAAGGUCAGUCUUAUGAAAUCCGUCUACUUGAGAAUAGGAAAUUGGGAGAGUUUCAAGAUUUAAACACAAAAUAUGUAAAGAGCAUAAUUCGUGUAGUUUUCCAUGAUCGACGCCUGCAGUACACAGAGCAUCAGCAGCUUGAGGGCUGGAGGUGGAGUCGGCCUGGGGACCGCAUCCUUGAUAUAGAUAUUCCACUGUCAGUUGGUAUCUUGGAUCCGAGGGCCAGUCCAACCCAGUUGAAUACUGUUGAAUUUCUGUGGGAUCCAUCAAAGAGAGCUUCAGCAUUCAUCCAGGUACAUUGCAUCAGCACAGAAUUUACUCCACGGAAACAUGGAGGAGAGAAAGGUGUGCCCUUCCGGGUGCAAAUCGACACAUUUAAACAAAAUGAAAAUGGUGAAUACACAGAACACUUGCAUUCUGCAAGCUGCCAGAUCAAAGUGUUCAAGCCUAAAGGAGCAGACAGAAAACAGAAGACUGACAGGGAAAAAAUGGAGAAGAAGACCACCCAAGAGAAAGAGAAGUAUCAGCCUUCCUAUGAGACAACUAUUCUCACAGAGUGCUCUCCCUGGCCAGAUGUGCCUUAUCAAAUGAACAAUGCUCCAUCUCCAAGUUACAACAGUUCUCCCAACAGCUUCAACCUUGGAGAUGGCAACAGUUCUCCAACCCACCAAGUGGAGCUCCUGCCUCCCAGCAAUGAUCAUCUCCUUCCUUCUGCUUCUAUUCAAGAUGCCCAGCAGUGGCUUCAUCGUAAUAGGUUCUCUCCAUUCUGUAGACUCUUCUCAAGUUUUUCGGGUGCUGACUUACUGAAGAUGUCCAAAGAAGAUUUUGUUCAAAUCUGUGGGCCUGCUGAUGGAAUUCGGCUCUUUAAUGCAAUCAAAGGAAGAAAUGUAAGGCCAAAAAUGACAAUUUAUGUCUGUCAAGAACCAGAGCAAAACAGGUCCCAUCUCCACCAAAAACGAGAAAAUGGAGAUAGCAGUCUUUGUGUAUAUCAUGCAAUCUUCUUGGAAGAACUGACCACGCUGGAAUUAAUAGAGAAGAUUGCAAACUUGUACAGCAUUUCUCCACAGCAGAUAAAUCGAAUCUAUCGGCAGGGACCCACAGGGAUCCAUGUAUUAGUGAGCAAUGAGAUGGUGCAAAACUUCCAAGAUGAAUCUUGUUUUGUUAUCAGCACAUUAAAAGCUGAAAGCAAUGAUGGCUACCACAUCAUUUUAAAAUGACCGUGCUGCACAGAAAGACUUUAACAGCCUAAAAUUUAGUGCCUCACUGAGAUUUCUACAACCUAGACUGGAAACAUGAAGAACCUUCUGGAUAAAAUGCUCCUGUGAACUAAGAAUUACCAAACAGCCUAAGGAAAAACCUACUAUUACAGAUACACAUUU